GAGAGAUAAAAGGGGGUUGGGGUUGAGACUUGAGAGUCUUCAGGCCCACUUUUCUUCGACCUUGUGGCGAUCGAAGAAUAUGAUUCGGCCAGCAGGGCAGAAAACACCCAUCAGAAUUGACUUUAGAAUCCUUCCCAGCCAACUUCGCAGGGAAACACUCAAAGUCUUCGAUUUUGCUUCCUCACGUUAUUCGAAACGCUGACUCCAAAGAAGUCUCACACAACUCUCUUGCAUUUCCAUCAAACUCCAUGCGUUCUUAGUUUAAUCUCUGUUAUAUAUCCAGUCUUCUUCAUGGCGGAGCGUGGAUCCUACGGCCUCGCUCCUCGACUAGAUAUUCAACAAAUACUAGCAGAAGCCCGGUCACGGUGGUUGCGACCGGCUGAAAUUUGCGAGAUUCUUCGUAAUUAUCAGAAGUUUCAUAUUGCAUCAGAGCCUCCGAAUAGGCCACCAAGUGGUUCGCUAUUUCUUUUUGAUCGGAAGGUGUUGAGAUACUUUAGAAAGGAUGGACAUAAUUGGAGGAAGAAGAAAGAUGGAAAAACUGUGAAGGAAGCUCAUGAGAAGCUGAAGGUUGGUAGUGUUGAUGUGCUACACUGCUACUACGCUCAUGGGGAAGAGAAUGAAACUUUUCAAAGGCGCAGCUAUUGGAUGCUUGAACAGGAUUUGAUGCACAUAGUUUUUGUCCACUACUUGGAAGUUAAGGGAAACAGGACAAAUAUUGGAGGUAUUAGAGAGAGGGAUGAGGUUGCAUCCGAUUUCCAUAAGGACAGCCCUCUGAGUUCUAGCUUUCCCACAAAUCAUAAAGGGGCACCAUCCGGAAGUACAGAUUCCCCAAGCCCAACCAAUUCUCUUACAUCGUUAUGUGAAGAUGCAGAUUCUGAGGAUAGUUAUCAAGCAAGUUCAAGAUCCCGCUUUCUUGAGUCACCAUCAAUGGAGAAUGGUCAUCUCACAGACAGGAUGGAUGCUGGUGGUGCAAGUUCUUAUUUUGUGCAUCCCUCUGCAGAUAAUUAUUCUCUGUCAUUAAUUGGGGCAAAUUAUAUCUCAGAUGUCCAUAAAGAUGGACCUAGAGAUAGUGAUGGUGUUACUCAUGCGUCUGGUUCCGAAGACGCAAUUGAUUUGUCAUCCUGGGAAGAGGUCUUGGAAAACUCCAGAGGAUUCCAUACCUCUGUAACUUCUCGUGCAUCAUCUGAACCUCAAUCUACCUUAACGGAUAUCUUCCUUGGACAAGAAAAUAUGACUAUAGGUGAUCAUUUAGCUGGUGAGAGUGUCCUCAAAGAAGAGUUUCACAAUACUGUGCCAAGGCAACCAAAUUGGCAGGUAUCUUUUGGUGAUAAUUCAGUACAUUUGUCCACAUGGCCUAUGAACCAGUUAUCAAAUUUUGAAUUGGCAAAUGAUCUGGGUACAGCUUUAUUUGAGCCCGGAACUCUUGAUAUGAAUGCGAGAAGUGCUCCUGAGCCGUUUUCUACUCAUCCAGUUCAGCAAAAUGAACAACCUGUGCAGAACCAUCUUCAAACACAGCUUACACAUGCUGAAUCUCAGUUUUCAAUAAAAUCAAAUUCCCAAACCGAUAUGCUCUUUGAGGGAACUAAUGGUAACUGUGCCUUGACUCUGAGGAAACCAUUAUUAGAUGGUGAAGAGGCUUUGAAGAAAGUUGACAGCUUUUCUCGAUGGGUUACUAGAGAACUUGGAGAUGUAGAUGAUUUGCAUUUGCAAAGCUCGUCUGGUUUAUCAUGGAGCACUGUCGAAUGUGGAAAUGUAGUUGAUGAUUCCUCGUUGAGUCCCUCUCUAUCUCAGGACCAGCUUUUUAGUAUUUUAGAUUUUUCACCAAAGUGGGCUUACACGGAUUCAGAAACUGAGGUUCUGAUAACUGGAACAUUUUUGAAUAGUCUACCCGAGGUAACAAAAUGUAACUGGUCAUGUAUGUUUGGGGAAGUGGAGGUUCCUGCAGAAGUUUUAGCGAAUGGGAUUCUUUGUUGCCAUACUCCACCUCACACUGUUGGGCAAGUGCCUUUUUAUAUAACAUGCUCCAACAGGGUAGCUUGUAGUGAAGUGCGUGAGUUCGACUAUCGAGUGGGCUCUAUUAAAGAUAUAGAUAUUGCAGUUAUCUACAGUGGUGCUGCAAACGAAAUGCAUCUUCAUUUGCGUCUUGAGAGGUUACUUUCUCUGAGAUCUGUCAUCCCUCCAAGUCACGUUGUUGAAAGUGUUACUGUGAAACAGGAGUUAAUCAGCAAGAUUAUUACAUUAAAGGAGGAAGAGGAAUAUAAUCAGACUCUAGAGCCGAUCUUGCAGAGGGAUUUGUCCCAACACGAAGUGAAGGAGUAUCUCCUUAAACUGUUGCUGAAAGAGAAGUUGUACUCAUGGCUCCUCCGUAAAGUAUGUGAAGAUGGUAAAGGGCCUAGUAUAUUGGAUGAUGAUGGGCAAGGUGUGAUACAUUUAGCAGCUGCCCUUGGUUAUGAUUGGGCCAUAAAACCAAUCGUAACAGCAGAAGUUAGUAUCAAUUUCCGGGACAUAAAUGGAUGGACUGCCCUUCAUUGGGCUGCGUCUUGUGGCAGAGAGCAGACAGUAGCAUUCCUUGUCUCUCUGGGUGCCGCACCUGGAGCAUUGACAGAUCCAUCUCCUGAAUUUCCUUUGGGUAAAACACCAGCAGACCUGGCAUCUGGAAAGGGACACAAAGGAAUCUCUGGUUUUAUUGCUGAGUCUUCCUUGACCAGCUACCUCAAAUCCCUAACAAUGAAUGAUAAAAAAGAAGAUGGAAUGCCAGAAGUUUCUGGAACGAAAGGUGUGCUAACAAUUUCAGAACGGACAGCAACACCUGUGAAUUAUGUUGACGCGGCAGAUGCACUGUCGCUGAAGGAUUCACUUAAUGCUGUCUGCAAUGCCACACAAGCUGCUGAUCGUAUACAUCAAAUGUUCAGGAUGCAUUCGUUUGAAAGAAGGCGGAUAACUCAGCAUGAUGAUGGUGGUGGUAGCUUGUCAGAUGAAUGUGCUCUUUCACUUGUAUCUGCCAAGACACGCAAGCCUGGACAAAGUGAUAGAGUAGUCCAUGCGGCUGCAACACAUAUACAGAAGAAGUACCGUGGUUGGAAGAAAAGGAAAGAAUUCUUAACAAUCCGUCAAAGAAUAGUCAAAAUUCAGGCCCAUGUCAGGGGACACCAGGUGAGGAAACAAUAUAGAACUAUCGUCUGGUCUGUAGGAAUUUUGGAGAAGGUUAUAUUGCGUUGGAGACGUAAAGGGAUCGGUUUGCGGGGCUUCCGACCAGAUGUACACAAGGACCCCAAACCACAAGUUGUGCCCUCAACAGAGGAUGAUUAUGAUUUUCUUAAAGAAGGAAGAAAACAGACAGAGGAAAGGUUGCAAAAAGCUCUCACUAGGGUGAAGUCUAUGGUACAGUAUCCUGAGGGACGGGCUCAAUACCGUAGGCUGCUAACAGUAGUUGAAGGGUUCCGGGAGACCAAGGCAGGUCAUAUGGUCUUGAACAGUCCCGAAGAAACAGGUGAUGGUGAUGAGGAUGAGAUUAAUAUCAAUGCCCUGCUGGACGAUGAAAUGCUGAUGGAUGAUGAGGCGUUCAUGUCUAUGGCAUUUGAGUAAACCUCUGCCGCGUCUUCACCAUUGCGUCCAACCUGUAUUCUAGAUCUCUAGCUUUGUUGCAGCAAAUGAUGGAGGUCAUAAAAUCUGUGAAUAUGAUGUCUAAUUCUCAUGCCAUCCAUGAAUUUCCAGCGGGUUUACAGUUACAUAGUAAUGACAAGCAAUUUUUCUCUGCACAGCUAUUGUAAUUUGUUUUCUCAAGAGGGACUUGGUUUAGUAGUACUUUGUUGUAUGUUCGCAGAAUACAGUAGUGGCUCACAGCUACAAUAUAUUAACAAGCACAUUUCUGAUA